AUGAGACAUUAUCUGUAUGGCAUCAAGUAUGAGGUGUUUACUGAUCACUGCAUCUUAUGGCAUGUGUUCACCCAAAAGGACUUGAAUUUGAGACAACGAAGGUCAAUGGAAUUUCUUAAAGACUAUAAUGUCACCGUCCAGUACCAUCCAGGUAAGGCUAAUGUGGUGGAAGACGCAUUGAGCCAAAAACUAAUUAGCAUGGGCAUCCUAGCCUGUUUGGGAGCCCUUAAGCGGCUCCUAGCUAGAGAAACUCAGGCUUUAGAGGCUAGGUUCAUAAGGAUAGACGGGCAGUUGGAAAGGACUAUCCUAGUACUAAAAGAUAUGUUGAGGGGGUGUGUGAUAGACUUUGGGGGACAUUGGGACAAGAUCUUGCCUUUGUGUGAGUUCUCCUACAACAAUAGCUAUCACUCCAGUAUUGAUAUGACAUCAUUCGAAGCCCUGUAUGGGAAGGGAUGCAGGUCUCCUACAGGGUGGUUUGAAGAUGGAGAAGUGGAGCCAUUGGGGGUUGACUUAGUGAGGGAUGCUCAAGAUAAGGUAAAAAGCAUCCAAGUUAAGCUUCAAGUGGGUCAAAGUCGUCAGAAAGAGCUUGUGGCGUACAGAUUAGCCUUACAACCUAGCUUAUCUAGGGUACACCUGGUGUUUCAUGUGUCCAUGCUGAAAAACUACCAUGGAGAUAGGGCUUACAUUAUUAAAUGGGACUCGGUGUUAUUAGACAAGGAACUCCGAUAUGAGGAGGAGCUAGUUGCAAUUCUUGAUCGUGAUGUUCGAAAGUUGAGGACUAAAGAUAUCAACAUGCUUAAAGUGUAA